AUGAAACAGCCAUUUCAGCCGGACAGACCGCUGCUGGCGCCGCGGUCCGACGCGCGCACUCUCCCCUGCUCGGAAUCGUCGGACUCUUCAGACGAGUGCGCGCCGCCGCGACGACCACUGCCGCCGCGCAAAGCAGCAGCACGGAGCUUCACCGAUCUUCGCAAGCUACUGCUAGAAGGAGCCAGCGCCAGGGGCGGGCAGAGGACCGCAAUCCAUACAACGGCGCCACUCACGGCGGCGAUCACGGCGCUCUCGGCUCCCCUCGCGGCGCUAGCGGCGCCAGUCACGGGGCCGCUGGUCAACAGCGUUCCAGGCGACGGCGUGGCGAGCGCAAGCGAGGAGUGGGCAGUAGCGCAACCAGCGGCGGGAUCUGCGGAGGCGGCAACGGAAUGUCUAGCAGACUGGAACGACGGCACGGGAGGGGUUAGUAGUAGCGCCCCCGCGGCCGCGGUAGCGGGAGUAACGCUUGGGCCGGCAACCAGCGACGGCAGCUUUCCUGCUCUGACUCGACUAGCUGGAUCUCGCGACGUCGCCCACGACUGGACGACUCGCACGGCGUCGCACGGCGACGACAACGUGCUGGAGCGAGACGACUCGGAGGACGUCGUCGCCGCGCCGUCGCCCGCGUCAGUGCGCGCAGCUGAUUCUGAAGGACGCGAGGAAGAGGAGGUCAAAGAAUACAGGGCGGCGGAGGAGGAAGCGCGGCAGGGCGCGGAGGAAGUGCUGGCGGAAGCGGCAGUGGCGGAGGAGGCGGCAGCGGGGGAAGGGGAAGCGGGGGAAGGGGAAGCGGGGGAAGGGGAAGCUUGGGAGGCGGAAAAUGAAGCUUGGCCAGCGGAACCCUUUCCUGAAGGGGCGGUGAGUAGCGGCGGCGGAAGAAGUGGUGACGCGGAGGCAUUGGCAGCGGGGGAGGAAUCCGCACAGACUGAGCCAGCGAAGGGUGCGGAAAAGCAAGCGGAGAAGGGUGCGCGGAGCAGCGCCGGCGCAUCAGGGCGGGCGGCGCAAGACUUUCUGCGAGGAACUUCCGCCGCCGCUGCGGCCACCGCAGGGGGGCGCGCGGACAGUGAAUACGCGGAUGGGGGGAACGGGGAAAGAGUUGGGGAUGCUGCAGGGAGCGUCCAGUGGGAGAGGAUGGAGGUUGUUGGGAGGGCGGAGACUGUAAAAAUGGGCGAGCGGCGGACGUCGAGGGUUACACGCGACCCACGGAAAAUCUGCGAGGCAGUCUGUUGUACCGCAGCAGCACGGUGGGCACGGACGACUGUCAGCUCUUCCUUGCUGCUGCCACCACGCCCUCUCCCUUCAGCCACACCUUCGCCACCCUCCCCCCUCUCUCCCCGCUCUCCGCUCUCUCCCCACUAUCCCCCCUCGCCGCUCUCUCAACCCCCUCCCCUAUCGACCCGCUCCCUUUCCUCCCCACCUCCAAUUCCUCCUCCUCCUCCUCCUCUUCCCCCCUCUCCUCCGCCUCCCCCUCCCCCCCGCCCCCAACCCCAAAGCUCGCGUUUCUCUUUCUCUCCCGCGGCCCGCUCCCCCUGGCACCUCUUUGGGCGCGCUUCUUCCGCGGAUACGAGUAAACGCCACUACUCCGCCUACCUGCACCCCGCGCCCGGAUACCGGGUUCCGCGGGCAGUGCGCUGCGCGCUCAAUCUCACCGUCGUGCCCAGCAAGCCCGUGUUCUGGGGGACACUCAGCAUCGUGGAAGCAAUCAAGCGUCUGCUAGCCAACGCCCUCUUGGACCCACACAACGUGCGCUUCAUCGUGCUGAGCGAGCGCGACAUCCCCCUCCACCCCUUCCCCGCCGUCUACCGCUACCUGCUCUCCUCCCGCCUCAGCUUCUCCGGCGGCCAUCCCAAGCACUUCCGCGACGCGCUCGUCGCACGGCGCAUCUUCCCGCCCGGUCUUGUGCGGUCGGGAUGGGUGCACGGGGAGUGCUGGCUCGAGAUGGCUCGCCCCCAUGCGUGGGCGGUGGUGAGCGAGUGGCGAUGGCACGAGCUGGCCCUGCAAUACUGCAAAGCGAUCUCCUCCUCCGUGUGCUGCGUCGACGAAAACCUCAUACAGAACCUCCUCACACUGUCCUUCCCCCACCAAGUGGCCAAUCGCACAGUCAUGAGCGUGACCUGGAAGAGAGCUUCUGCUCACCCACACACAUUCCUACCGGAGGACAUAACUGCUGGGACUAUUAAGGGGCUUAAAGAGGAGCGGAAAUAUAGUUGGAAGGCAAGCAACAUUGGCAAGGGCUUCCAUUUCAUCAGCAGUGAUAGUCCUACCAGCGCACCGUGCACUCUGAACGGACAGCCAGGUCCCUGCUGGCUCUUUGCACGUAAGUUUGUGAACGAGUCCCUGCCUGCGCUGCUGGCUCUGCCUCAUGAGUACGAGCUCGGGGAGAGGCUCGGUCGCGGGCAGUACGGCGUGGUGUGGCGAUGCACGGACCGCGCGACGGGGGAGGCCUUCGCGUGCAAGUACGUGGCGGGGGAGAGCGAGCACGCCAUCCGCGGCGCGCGCCGAGAAGUGAAAUCGCUGCUUCGCCUGCGCGGCGCGGGCCACGUCGUGGCGCUUCGCGACGUGUAUAAAGACGAGCUGAACCAGUCGUUAUACCUUGUAAUGGAGCUGGGAACUAAAGGGGAUCUUCUCUCCGCGAUCGAACGCAGGGGCCGGCUGUCGGAGGCCAACGCGCGGCGCGUGUUCCGCGACGUGGUUCUCGGAGUUAAGGAGUGCCACGAGCGCGGCGUGUUGCAUCGCGAUAUUAAACCCGACAACGUCCUCCUGUUUCCUACCAAUACUACCGCCACCCAUAGUCGUCGCUCCAUGUCGCCUAGUAAUGCCCCCUUUACACCCAGCGGCUCGUCGCUAUCUCCCUUCGGCAGCAGCAACGGCGCCGCGUCCAGCCCUAUCAACAAGGGCCCGUUUUCUCACGAUGAUUCGCUCGUGCAGGAUUACCAUGGCGCUACGCGACUCGGCCAGGGAGGCCUUCUGCUUGGAGAUUACUCGCAUAACGAGGCUGAAGCGGCUGCUGCGGCGGCGGCGGCGGUUGCGGCAGCAGUAGCGGACGCAGGUGCACUUUCCCCUCGGUCCCACUCUGCACCCGCGGAUAUUUUCAGCCUGGGAGUCACGCUGUACGCGAUGCUGUCGGGGAAGUGGCCAUCCUACGCGAGUCGCAUCCCGGAGGAAGGAUCCAUGCGAAAAGUCUGA